AGUGACCAUCGUUGUUGACUCGAUCACUCAGCCCUCAAGGGUCGAUCUCACCAAGUUCACUUCAGCUGUUUAGAGAAAUGGAACAGCCCUUAUGAUGGCGGCGGGGAUUCCCCCGAGGGCAAGUGCUGAGGGCAAGUGAGCGAGGGCGACUCAAACUGUUUUUGGAACGCAGCCCCGGUCUGUACCCGCAGUCCGGUACACCUCCCACAACACUUCCGCCUCCACACUGUCACAGUAAAAGCACACCUCCACAACACAGGCACAGCAGCUGAUAGUGACGUCAUGCGUGACUAUAAAUAAACAGUAAACAGAAGCAGGAACAAAGUGCAGCAGUGUCUGGUCUGUACAGGACCAACUGCUCCGGAACAAAACUCACAAUAUAUAAAACAAAUCAGUCUGAAUGAAGACAAGGUUUAUUCUGCUGAGUGACACUGAUCAGAUGACACUCCUCUGACACUUAUAUUUGAUAUGGAACUACAGGGACGUGUGCUGUGCAGUGUUGGGUAAGGCUUACUUUAGAAAUAAUCAAAGUACUUUACUGUGUUACUUUUUAAAAAUGUAACCAGUUACUUUACUGCGUUACUCCCUGACAAAUGUAACUCAAGCACUUUUGGGGCGUUGGUGGCUUGGUGGUGGAGCGGGCGCCCCGUGUGCAGGGCUGUUGCCACGGCGGCCUGGGUUCAGCUCCGGCCUGUGGCCCUUUGCUGCGUGUUACUCCCUCUCUCUCUCCCCCCUUCACGCUCCUCUGUCCUAUACAUUAAAGGCUUAAAAAUGCCCGAAAAAAUAUCUUUCAAAAAAAAAAGUAACUCAAGCACUUUUAAAGUACUUUUAAGUAUUCUACAUUACCUAUUGGCCAAUGGACCACAGGGCGCUAAGCCUACAUUUUUUUGUCUCCAAAAUUAAAGUUAUGGACCACUUGCCCUUCACUGAGAUCCAGUUCUCCCAUCACAGCAGUCACUUUGACCAGUAGAAACACAGAACGAUCUGCUGCCGUAGACAACUGUAUGACAACAACACCCCAGUGUUUCUAACAUUUCCUCUAGGGAUGUUACCACACAGAGUAAAAGGGGGAAAUGAUGGUGUGAAACAGCAGAGGCAUUUGUCAACCCACUGAGUUAACGUUACUGUCAUUAGCAUCAAGCUAGCAAACAACGGCAGCAUUUCUUCUCCACGUAGCGAGCCACAAGCUUCAUGACUUCUUUCGGACUGACAGAUUUAACGUUAUCUCCGUUAUUAGAAACAAAAGACAGCAGUUGCUGUUUCAGAGCUGAAGGACCAGCGUUCUAAAAGUAACGGAAGUAACUGAUGGAUUGUAGAAAAUGUACUCAAGUAUUUGAUUACUCAAACAGCAAACUAAUGCGUUAGGUCACUCGUUACUGCGUUACUUUGUAACGCGUUAUACCCAACUCUGGUGCUGUGACAGAACAUCAGAGAUGGUAAAUCAGCUGUUCAGUGAGGAUAGAAAACAUUCAUCAGCUGUUUCCCUCUGGGCUCAUCAUGCUCUGUACAGACUGGACCUGUCCACCUCCUGCUGUGACACCUUCACUGACCACGCUGACACACCCACAGGAAAACUCUGUGUUUCACCAGCUUCCUGUUAAAACAACACAACACAUCCUUCCUGACUGGCGGACUGACGGACUGUGUCUCCGCCCCACGUGUAACAGCAGCCUGGAUCAAACCUGCUCAGGGCAGAAGCUGGGAAAUAAAUCUGGUCUCUUCCUGACAGAAAUCUGCUGUUUACAAAGUUAAAGAGACGUCCUUUGAACUCGUUCAUGGCUGUCACUCUGUCAGGUUCAGUAAAGACACUGAGACCGUGUGCACCCAGAGACCGUGUCCCAUCUGGUCUGGACCUGUGAACAUUAUCAUUAUCAUCAUCAUCAUCAUCAUCAUCAUCAUCAUCAUCAUUACAGGCCGGUUUCAUGACUGUCACAGUUUUAAAAAGCUCCUCCCGCCCUUCACUGAGACACAAACUGCUGAGUGACCGUCAGGAUGGAUUCAGCACCAACACAUGAACUGACAGAAGAAAUAAACAGCUUGAAUAAGAAUCAGUCGUCAACAUGAACAUUCAUAGACUUACAAAAAGCCUUUGACAUGACUGAUCACAUUAAAAUCAGGCAUCAGUUUGUUCAGAUGGGUGAAUAUAAGUCAUCAUGUGGUCACAUUACCUGUGGUGUCCCCCAGGGGUCAGUACUGGGGCCAUGACUGUUUCUGUUAUAUAUUAAUGACCUGUGUGUCAGGUUACACAAACAUUGAAGUUUGUGUUAUUUGUGGUUGAUACUGAUAUUUAUUGUUCCUGAGAGGACUGACAGCUGCUUCUGACACAGAUCACAACAGACAUCAACAAACUGUCACUGAAUCUGACAAAAACAAAAUGAUGUCAUUAAAAAAAAAAGUGUGUAGGUGUGUGCAGUUCUGGAUCACAUUCAGCCAAAGCUGUCAGGGAGCAGUGCAUCAUGGAAAAAUCCAGACUCACACUGGACCAUAGAUCACUGGCCCAAUUCCAAUCCGAUCCCUUACAGACUCACUGAUUUAGAGGCGCGUUCAUGUGAAGUGCGUGAGUGUGUGAGGGCUGUCCCAUUGUCAGAUCGUCAAGUCAGUGAGUCAGUGAGUGAGCCCUUUAUGCCCCCUUACCGUAGGUCCGCAUCGAUGCGGACUUACGGUAAGAAAAUUACCCACAGUUCAUAGCGCUGUGACGUCAAAUACAGGGGUUGCCCUCGGAACACUGGAAGUGUUAUAAAAAAAACCCCGAAAACACGGUCGGCAGAUAUGCAAACGGUAACGUUAUGGAAGGAGAGCGAAAAAACAGAUAGAUAAACAAUUAAACAUUACAUUAACAAGGAUUUAAGAUGGUACAUAAACACACAUGAAGUCAGAGGAAUACCAGUGGUUAUAUUCCACACACAAAGAAUAUAUAUCUAUAUAUAUAGAUAGAUAGAUACAUAGAUAGAUAGAUCUAUCUAUCUAUGUAUCUAUCUAUCUAUCUAGCCUAUCUAUCUAUAGAUAUAUAUAGAUAUAUAUUCUUUGUGUGUGGAAUAUAUGCUGACAAUAACCGAUAAACGAUCACACCCAGAGCCGCCAAUGUUAACAACAUUUUGUAGAGAGGGGGAUAAGUGCUGUCCCAUUCCUAUUUGUAGCAUCCGGAGCCCUUUCAGACUCUCACACUCAGUUAAGUCAGUGAGGGUUCAGGGCUUGAGUCUUUAGGGGCCGGAUUGGAAUUGGGCCACUGUGAUCAUCUACUGCUCCUGUUAGAACAAGAGAUAAUUUACUUCUGAGCAACAUUAAAAACUGUUGAGAUGUCAUUUAAAUAUUAAAUCUAAAAACACAGAGUGCUGGUGCAGCUCUGCUGAGACGAGGUUUGUGUAUUUAAUAUCUGAGAUUACUUAAUAUCUAUAUUAAUGUUUGUCAAUAAGUUGUUGACAGUUUCAUUUUGAAAUAAGAGAUGAAUAGUGAGAGGGAGGAUUAUAGAAGAGUUCACUUCUUCCUUUUCAUCAUGUUCAUGUAUUCUUUGUUUUUAUUGUGUGUUUUGCUUGAAAUGAAGUCACUGAUUCAUUGAUUCAUUGAUUCAUUAUUAGUGUUAGUAUUUAUAUGAAUGUGAUUGGUGGAGGUUUAAACAUUUGGAUAAGGUGUUGAAGAGAGAAAGUGAAGUUGACAUCAUGUUUCUAACGGACUGAUGAGACAUUAAAAUCAAACACAUGAUUAAUAAUAAUCUGAGUUUGAUUUUAAAUCUGUUUGUUUCAGAGGUUUUAUUUUGCAGCCUCAGAGUGUGGCUGAUGUUUGAACUCUGAGCUCACUGAGAAACCUUGAUGAUGAGCUGCAGGUGUGUGUGUGCGUGUGUGUGUGAUCACACACAGGUGAGACUCGUCAGAGCUCCACCUCAGGUGAGAUCAGGUGAGAGUGAUGAUGAUGAAGAUGAUGAGUGAGUCAUGAUGCUGCUGCUGUCUGUCAUGUGUCUGCUGCUCUCAGGUCAGAAAUAUACAUUUACUCUCUCAACACAUUUAACACCUGUUUUGUUUUUACACAUGACAACAUCUUCAUGUGUUUGUGCAUCAAACUCAUCAGCUGCUGCUGCCACUGUCCUCAUCAUGUCCUCAUCAUGUCCUCCAUACCAUCCACAUGCUGCUGUUCAUAUGAUCAACAUGUUUGUGUUUGUGUGCUCUUGUUUUCCAUCUCCUCAGACGUGACGUCGAAUCAUCUGAAUGUGACAGUGAAUGAAACUCUGCAGGGACAUGAGACGUUCUCUGGACUCUUUGGAUUCACAGAGCUGUCGGGGGUUCGUCCCUUCAGUCCGGAGCAGGAGCUGGAGUCCAGGAUCAUCGGGGGUCAGGAGGCCUGGGCUCACUCGUGGCCCUGGCAGGUGUCUCUUUGCUUCGCCUCCAUGCCGGCCUGCGGAGGAGCCGUCAUCGGCCCCAUGUGGGUCGUCUCUGCCGCUCACUGCUUCAAGAGGUACAACAAAGCUUCCUUCUGGACGGUCCUGGCUGGAAAACACGACCUGGAUCAUCCUCACGAACCAGGACAACAGCUGGUCGGAGUCGCCAUGAUCAUCAACCAUCACGGCUACAACACUCGCACCAAAGAGAGAGACAUGGCGCUGCUGAAACUGCAGCAGCCGCUCGUCUUCAACCAGUUCGUCAGACCCAUCAACAUCUGGCUGACCCCACUGCCGCUCUUCAAGAAGUGCACCAUCACCGGCUGGGGCUCCACCCGAGAGAAUGGAGCUCGAGUGAACAGACUGCAGGAGGUGAACGUCACCAUCCUGCCCCUUGAUGUCUGUAACCACUACUACCGCGGCAGGAUGAGACCCUCCAUGUUCUGUGCUGGGACGGAAGAAGGAGGAGCUGAUGCGUGCCAGGGGGACUCUGGAGGUCCUCUGUCCUGCUUCACCGGCAGCAGGUACGAGCUGGCAGGUUUGGUGAGUUGGGGGAUCGGCUGUGGACGAGCCAGGCGACCAGGAGUCUACACCAGACUCCAGCUACAAAUUCAGUGGAUGUCUGACAUCAUGAGUGAUCCAGGUAUCAUGUAUGCUGAUGAAAUCACAGCUGAAGAGGACAGGUGUGGGAAGCAGCAGCAGAGGUCCAGCUGUCAGACGCCUCCAGGCCUCGCUGCUCUCUCAGUGUCCCAGGACGGUGACGUGUCUGUGGGGAACUUAACAGAGUCCUGCCCCUUCUUCUGGCCCUGGCAGGUCAGCCUGCAGUCCAACGGACGCCACUACUGUAGUGGAGCGCUGAUCCACCGCCGCUGGGUCCUCACCGCACAGCACUGCAGUGCCAGAGCUAAAGAGGACGUGGUGGUUCUGGGAGCUCAUGACCUCCGCUUCUCAUCGUCUCAAACCGUCCCUGUGGACGAGGUCUUCAACCUGCUGCAGGACGGCAGCUUCCCCCCGAAAUCUGACCUGUCGCUGCUCCGCCUCAGCGUGCCCGCCAGAUUCAGCUCUGACGUGUCUCCAGUUUGUGUCCCUGAUGAAGACGAGGAGCUCGAUGACAGCUGGUCCUGUGUCACGACAGGCUGGGGAACCCCGAGAGCAACAGCGGACGUUGAUCCGGAGCGGCUGCAUCACGUCACGCUGACUCUGGUGAACCAGACGAGCUGCAGGGAGAAAUGGGGAGGACUCAUCACUGACUCCCACAUCUGUACACAUCCUGCAGGCUCCGCCUCCUGCAUGGGCGACUCUGGAGCUCCGCUGCUGUGUCGGAAACGUGGUGCCUACUUCCUGUUUGGCGUGGUGACGUGGGGCAGCAGGCGGUGUGAUGCAGACAAACCGGCCAUCUUCUCCAGAGUAUCUGAUUACCACUCGUGGAUUACUGAGCUGACUGAAGACAUCUGAACGUUUGUGUUGGAGAAUAAACUCUUUUAACUGGAA